CGCCCGAAUCUCUUCACUCUGAAGCGACUCACGGUUCGCCAUUCGAUCGCUUACUAUCGAAACGUGGAGCCAUUUGUUCGGGCUUCAGCACGCAGUAGACUUCAGAUUCCGACCAUUGGACAUCGAUUGAUCGAUUGCUCUCUCUCUCUCUCUCACAGUCCGAGUCCACCGGCUUCGACGAUUCCGGUCGGGUCCGCACGACCUGCCAUUUGAUCUCUUGCAAUCAGAUCACAUUUAGCUCAAUUCCGUAUGUCGCCAAGGUCCCUGGGGACGCAGCGUCGAGUGUACUCCGUCGGCGGGUCUGCGCUGUGAAGCAGCCGCAAAGUGCAUAGCUCUGGUCCGAUAGUCAGAUAGCCCGUCCAGGUAUUGUGGAUCUGGAAGCAUCUGGACCGCAAGUGCAUCCCAAGCUCGCAGAGUUGCCUUCGACAACCGUACGUAGCCAGGGAAAAUGAGAGAGUGUAUAUCGAUUCACAUUGGCCAGGCCGGCAUACAAGUUGGCAAUGCGUGCUGGGAGCUUUACUGCCUCGAGCACGGUAUUCAGCCGGACGGCCAGAUGCCUAGUGACAAGGUUGCGGGAGGAGGAGAUGAUGCGUUCAACACUUUCUUCACUGAGACAGGAUCCGGGAAGCAUGUACCGCGUGCUAUAUUUCUUGACCUGGAGCCCACUGUGAUCGAUGAGGUGCGCACAGGCAGUUAUCAGCAGCUCUUUCAUCCCGAGCAACUUAUCAGCGGCAAGGAAGAUGCUGCUAACAAUUUUGCUAGGGGCCACUACACAGUCGGCAAGGAGAUUGUCGAUCUCUGCCUCGACCGAAUUAGAAAGCUAGCCGACAACUGCACCGGGCUACAAGGAUUCCUGGUCUUCCAUGCUGUGGGAGGCGGCACCGGAUCGGGCCUGGGAUCGCUGCUCCUGGAGCGAUUGUCUGUAGACUAUGGGAAGAAAUCGAAGCUCGGCUUCACUGUGUUUCCCUCUCCUCAAGUCUCCACGGCUGUAGUCGAGCCCUACAACAGUGUUUUGUCCACGCACUCACUGCUGGAGCACACUGAUGUUUCUGUUUUGCUAGACAACGAGGCCAUAUACGACAUCUGCCGUCGCUCUUUAGAUACGGAGAGACCAACUUACACAAACCUGAAUCGACUUAUUUCACAGGUAAUAUCGUCACUGACAGCGUCAUUGCGUUUUGAUGGCGCUCUGAACGUGGACAUCACAGAGUUUCAAACGAAUCUCGUCCCCUAUCCUCGGAUACACUUUAUGCUGUCGUCCUAUGCUCCAGUGAUAUCGGCCGAGAAAGCUUAUCACGAGCAGCUGUCGGUGGCAGAGAUCACCAACAGCGCAUUCGAACCGUCCUCAAUGAUGGCCAAGUGCGAUCCUCGCCACGGAAAGUACAUGGCCUGCUGUAUGAUGUAUCGCGGAGACGUGGUCCCCAAGGACGUGAACUCUGCUGUUGCCACCAUAAAAUGCAAGAAGACCAUCCAGUUCGUCGAUUGGUGUCCCACGGGCUUCAAGUGCGGCAUCAACUACCAGCCUCCGACUGUGGUUCCAGGAGGAGACUUGGCCAAAGUGCAGCGUGCUGUCUGCAUGAUUUCCAACUCGACGAGUGUUGCUGAGGUGUUUUCUCGGAUCGACCACAAAUUCGAUCUGAUGUACGCCAAGCGUGCUUUUGUGCAUUGGUACGUGGGCGAGGGCAUGGAGGAGGGCGAAUUCUCCGAAGCCCGCGAGGACCUUGCGGCUUUAGAGAAGGAUUAUGAAGAAGUAGGCUCGGAUUCCUUCCACGAUGUAUUUGAGGACGAGGUUGGAGACUUUUGAUCGGCGGGCGGCGGGCGACCCCCGUGUGCAUGAGUGAGCCACAAGAUCUUCAUCCGGAUCCGUCAUCGAUUUCGACAUUAACCCAUAGGAAUUUUGCAGGUGCCUGAGUUGAAUCUGAGUGCCUGAGUUGAGUCCAUCUUGAAUUGUCUUGCUUGCUCGUAAACCUUCAUCGCAUCGAGUCUCGACAGUUUUCUCUCUUCUUCCACUUUCUAAUUCCGAUAUUUCGGCUCGUGACACAACGUCAAAUUUUGACAUUCUUGAACAUGUUUGUGUCUUGAUCUACUCGUCUCGUCACGAGCAGUACCCAAAAUGAACAAAAUAGCUAUGCUGACAUAGCCAGAUUGAUGGAAUACGGCAACAGAGUUGUAUUUGAAUGAAACCAAGGGUCGGAAGUGUGUUCUAUUGAAGCUGAAGUAAUACAAUACAAUAGACGUUUUGCUAUAGAUACGUAUUACAUUCUAUUUAUGAGCAUUUGGGGACAAUUUGAAAAAUUCAUAAAAUUGCUAGAUAAAAUUAGAUUAUCUAGUUAUGCAUUGUAGGUCAUGAAGUAACCAAGCAUGUUCUUUCGAAGUAUAGAACAAAUUUUAAAAUUUUCUGCAAAGUUAUAAAAUGCUUUGCUAUCGCUAAUUCACUCAUGUGACUUUAAACCA